AUGGACGCCUGCACACACCAGCCCAUGCCCAACCCGGAGCUUGCGCCUCCCGCUCCCGCGCCGGCGCCACCCGCCGCGGCGCAGCAAGAAGCCACCGGCGACUCGGAGUCCGACGCCCUCGUGUCGGCGCCCACGGUUGGGGACCGUCGUCCCUUGGUGGCAGCAGGCUACGCCGAGGACGACGCCGAGUCGUGCAGCGGCGCCGGCUGCAAUAGCAACCGCGUCCCUGCUGCUAGCGUCGACGACGACGACGGCCGUGGCGCAAACGACGACGUGGCCAUGGAGGGUGACGAGAACGAAGAAGUCGACAGCAGGAUGUCCAUCCCGUGGUGGCGCCGGAUGGUCAAGGACGCGGCGGACGGUGCCGGUGCCAGUGGUGGCUGCGCGCGGCCGCAGGCGGCGGCGGCGGAGGGCGGGGCGGCGGCUGUUGUGGCCGGACCCUGCCAUACGGCCGAGAGCAACAGGCUCUUCUGGGAUGCUUGCAUUGCGCAUGGAUACUAG